AUGGUUGACAGCAAUGUCCUCAGUGUACGGAGUUGUCCGUUUAAAAAAGAGAAAAAACAAAAACUCACAGUCCAGGAAGCAGGUUUAUAAAAGGAGAACCAUCUAGACUUGAAACAAAUUGUAUUUGUCAUCCAGAGUCAAAGUAAUUCUUUUCAUGCAAAGAGAGCUGAGGAAUUGAAGAGAAACAUCCUGAAGCAGUCCAUGGAUCUGAAGCAGGAAUACCCCAGAGUUGUUCUUCUCCAUCAGCUGGCAAAGACGGAGGGCGCGUGGACCAUUCUUCCGUUGUUACCACACCUUUCUGUGACAUACAGCAGAAACUCAUCAUGGAUUUUCUUCUGUGAGGAAGAGACGAGAAUGCAAAUCCCCAAACUCUUGGAAACACUCCGAAGAUAUGACCCAUCCAAGGACUGGUUUUUAGGAAAAGCUUUACACGAUGAAGAAGCCACCAUAAUUCACCAUUACGCCUUUUCUGAAGAUCCGACGGUUUUCAAAUAUCCAGACUUCGCUGCUGGCUGGGCGCUUAGUCUCCCACUUGUGAACAAGCUUACCAAGAGAUUAAAGAGUGACUCCUUGAAAUCCGACUUUACGAUAGAUUUAAAACAUGAGAUUGCUCUCUAUAUCUGGGACAAAGGCGGUGGACCUCCCCUCACCCCAGUGCCUGAGUUCUGUACUGACGGUGUGGACGCUCACUGUGCAACCACGUUCCAUUCUUCCCUGCCGCUGUGUGGAAAUCCAGUGAAGAAGGAGGAUAUCUUUGUUGCAGUGAAAACAUGCAAGAAAUUUCAUGGUGACAGAAUCCCCAUUGUGAAGGCGACGUGGGAAGCUCAGGCCGGUGGCAUCGAAUAUUACAGCGACUAUGUGGAGAGGUCCAUUCCCACUGUUGAUCUGGGAAUUCCUAACACGGAUCGAGGUCACUGUGGGAAGACAUUUGCCAUUUUGGAAAGAUUCUUGAACCGCAGUCACGAGAAAACACCAUGGUUGGUCAUUGUGGAUGAUGACACAUUGAUAAGCAUCACCAGACUCCAGCACUUGCUCAGCUGCUAUGACUCCAGUGAACCCGUGUUCCUGGGAGAACGCUAUGGCUACGGACUGGGCACUGGCGGCUACAGCUACGUCACGGGAGGAGGAGGCAUGGUCUUCAGCAGAGAAGCCAUCCGCAGACUCCUUGCCAGUAAGUGUCGGUGCUACAGCAACGAUGCUCCAGACGACAUGGUCCUGGGGAUGUGCUUCAGUGGCCUGGGAGUCCCCGUGACACACAGCUCUCUCUUCCAUCAGGCUCGGCCCGUGGACUACCCCAAGGAUUACCUCGCUCACCAGGUUCCCAUCUCAUUCCACAAACACUGGAACAUUGAUCCGGUGGAGGUGUACUUCACGUGGCUGGCACCCGGCGGGGAAGACAGAGCGAGGCAGGAGACACGGGCACGCUUCGAAGAAGAGUUAUGA